AUGAGUAAGGUCAGCCGUGAAGCUCUCCUAGAAACCGUCACCGAGGUCCUCAAGGCCUCGCAAGAAAAGAAGAGGAAGUUCCGCGAGACGAUCGAGCUCCAGAUCGGCCUCAAGAACUACGACCCCCAAAAGGACAAGCGUUUCUCCGGUUCCAUCAGGCUGAAGUACGUUCCCCGCCCCCAGACCAAGAUCUGCGUGCUCGGAGAUCAGCAGCAUUGCGAUGAGGCCAACGCCGCCGGAAUCCCGUGCAUGAACGCCGAUGAUCUGAAGAAGCUGAACAAGAACAAGAAGCUCAUCAAGAAGCUCGCCAAGGGAUACAGCGCUUUCCUCGCCUCGGAGUCGCUCAUCAAGCAGAUCCCCCGUAUCCUCGGACCCGGCUUGAACAAGGCCGGCAAAUUCCCUCCGUCGUUUCCCACGGAGACUCGU